CAAUAGCCCUGUGGAGCAGAAGUCAUAAAAUAAGAAGAAUAAUUUCAUCUCUUUCUAAACAUAAACAUAACCUCAAGAAAUUAUUGUUUUUGGUGGGAAAUACGUUCUAAAACUUCUGAGAGUUUGCUACAAAUUGAAGAUUUAGAUUUAAGUGAAUCCGAUACGAAUUCCAAAUAUCAUCGUUAAAGGAGGUAUAUUGCAUUCCCGAAUUCCUAAUAAUGGCUGAAAAAUUGGAAGAUUUGAAUUUGCCAAAUGCAUCUGUUCAUAAAAUCAUUAAAGAAGCACUGCCAGAUUCAGUUAAUAUAGGCAAAGAUGCGAGAUCAGCCUUAUCUAGAGCAGCUUCUGUAUUCGUCUUGUAUGUAACAUCUCAAGCUUCAAAUGAGGCCCAGAAGGUGAAUAGAAAAACAUUGGUUGGGAAAGAUGUUAUCAAGGCCUUGGAAGAAUUGGAGUUUGAGAAUUUUAUUGAACCUCUUGAGGAGGCAUUGAAAGAUUUCAAGGAUUCAAAAGCUAAGAAACCAUCAACAAAAACAAAGAAAGGAGAAGAGAAUACUGAAGCUGAGGAAGGACAUAAUGGAACUGCUGAAGAUGAUUGAUUAGCAAUUCUGUACAUCAUCUGCUUUAUUUGUUGUUAUUUUUCUAGAAUAAUUGUGUUGUAUUUGUGUUCAUUUGUUUAAUUAAUUUUGUAAAUACUAAUAAAAUUUGUAGAAAUUUCAUGAGAA